UUCUGUUCGACGAUCGCAUGCGCUUCGCUUGUUGGGAACCGCGAAUGGAAUAUUCUAAUAGUCAGCUGCAGGCUUCAAGUUUUGCGAAAUGCAUACAAUUAUUAUUACGCAAGAGUAUCACAGAUCACUACGCGGUCGUACGGGUCGUACGUGUGCGGAUAACGUCUGUAUCUCGCCGAGAAUGAUUACGGUCGCGUAUGCGUGUAACAACUUGAUUUCCCCCCGCAUUUAAUCUGCAUUCGUAUUCUUUGUACACUGAGUGUUAUGAAAAUAAAAUUUUUAAUUGUAUUCCAUUGUUAUGACAUGAUUGUGGUCAUUACAAUAUGCAGAUGUGAUUGGUUAUCGUGGUAGUGUUGCGUAUAUGUAUAUUACUUGUUACUGUUUGAUAAAGCGGUGUUUUUCAUGUGUAGAAUUAUAUAUAUAUAUAUAUAUAGACAUGUUGAAUUAUGCACAUUCAAUAACCUUGGUUUAAUUUAAUCAUGUACGUUAAACUGUUUUGCAACAUUUUGAACUAUGAACGUGCUUUGUUGGCGUAUACAUAAUCGCGAUUGUCAUAAAAAUCGUAUUUUUGCUCUUAUAUCGUAAGUAGUGUGCAUGCUUUUAUCAGAUAUUUGAAAAAUUAUAUUUUUUAGUAGAAGAGAGACAUUUGUCCAACAACAUGAUUUAUGGCAUUCGUUACAGCGUUUGUGACGUCUGUUGUGACCGCGAUCGUGUUUGCAUUUUUGAAGUAUUGAAAAUCUGAUUACAAAAUUAUUUAUCCCGUUCCGUUUGUCUCUUCUCCGUUAUCUAAACCAAAUAUUGCAUUGAAAUUUUCUCUUUUGAUAAGUUUUGUCCUACUUACGUAAUCUUAUUAAAGAGUAUCAAGUAUAUCUAAAUUUAUAAAUGUUGAUUGGAAAAAUAAUAAGAAAUGAUAUCUCCAAUAAUAUUCAUGACGUAUCUGAAAAUCAUAUUUCUGAUUUUCAUGAUUUGACACAUACAGUGGAGCUCAAUGCGUAGGAAUAUGAUUAUCUCUUUCUACGGUCGUUUACCGUUUAACAGAAUUCAGCCAAUUACGUUAAACGGCAAUUGCCUAACGAGAUUUCCAGAGAUCACAUUGUCUUUUCUCUCUUCUAAAAUGCAAUUGUAUUAUUCCGUAUCCUUUCUAGUCGGUACUAUCUGCGAUUCCUGAAAUUUCCUCGUGCAAUUACGCUAUAUUAAGAAAACAUGACACUUGAAAUAUUAUGAUGUGAAAUCUUUGAAAUUCAUAUAUUUUUAUUCUCUAUCUAUAUUUUACGUACGAUAAGAUUAAAGAUUUAUCUAUUCCUAUUAUGCAUUAAAUACUAAGGCAAUACUAUGUAUUAGUGAAUCUUUUCCCUGCUAUAGCGAUAAGUAUUUUCGAAGCAAUCGACAUUCACAGUCUGAAAAAUAACGGAAUGGACAUUAUUUCACUCGUAAUAAUAUCAAAUAAUCAUUACUGUACUGUAAUCAUUGUCGUGAUGCGUUUAAUUUAUUAUUAACAUGCGUGAGUUUGGUAGGCGAAGUAUUAUCGUUAUAUUUCAAUGGCUAUGUACACAUAAAAUUUCAGAUGACUGUACUUUAAGCGUAAUUGUGACAAAUUGCCAAGCCGCAAGUAUCAUUAUGUUCACUAAUAGACGUUGAUAAGCUAUGAAAGAGUUACUGUCAUAACAAGUUUUAAUUCACAAGUUGCGUUUAUAACAAGGCUUUCAGUAUCUUUUUUUUUACAUAGUGUAAUUGCAUAUGCAUUUUACAUUUAAUAUUCCUUCAGGAGCAAUAAUAAAUAAUUAGCAAUAAUAAAUAAUUAAAAGCAAACAAAGAAGUACGCAAGUGAAGAAAAAUUCUUCAAAAUAUUAAGUAUUGUUUGUUGUUGGAGUUAUUUAGAAAGCAAAUACACAAGUAUUUGCUGUAAAUGUAAAUGUAGGAAAUGUAAGAAAAACGGGUCAGGUUUAACUAAAGAUUUAAAUAUCUCUCUUCGCUUUUAAAUUCCGAUUUACUUGGAUGCGGAUAAUGUGGAUACACGGAAAUAUAAUGCUCGCGAAAGUGAUCGAGUUCUUUCUUUCAUGGUUCUUGGGAUUCUGUCUAUCUCGUCCGCGAAAGCUGAUCCCCUUUUUCUUUCUCAUUAUGCGACUCAAUCCCUAGACAACGUGCUAUUCUUAAAAAGCUAUUAUCAGAAAGACACAUGAUCAGCUGUUGAGCGGAAACAAACAAGCAUCAAGUUCUCAAAAAUGCAAAAAAUUAGAAUAAUCAUUAGAAGGCAACUAAAAAGAGUACAAAAUCAUUAGAUAAACAGCCAGAAACUCCUACUUAAAAUAUUUUCUUGUAUAAAUGUGAAGUUUUUUGAGGGCGACAAACAGCAAGAAAUGUGAUAAGUGCUUCUGAUAAUUUUAAGGCGAUAUAUAUGUAUAUGGAGGUCAGACUGCAUAACUGAUAAUAUCUAAUUGCCGAGACUACUGACUGACUGGAGUCAGUCGCCUCCGCAAUGGCGCAUCAUCUGCUUCUCAGUGUCGCUCUCAGCGUGAUUUUCGUUAUGCACGUCUAUGCAGACAACACGACAUCUCUGCCUAAAGAUUUUUUAUUAGGUGUGGCUACGUCCGCUUAUCAAAUAGAAGGCGGCUGGAAUGCGAGCGGAAAGGGUGAAAGUGUUUGGGAUCGGUGGACCCACGAGCAUCCAAAUUUCAUAACCGAUGGUUCCACUGGCGAUGUGGCUUGCGAUUCCUUUCAUAAAUAUAAAGAAGACAUACAGUUAUUAAAGGAGAUUGGGGUCGAUUUUUAUCGCUUUUCUCUCAGUUGGCCACGAAUCUUACCAAACGGUUAUGCCAACGUGAUCAGUCAAGAGGGGCUCGAUUAUUAUAAGAAUCUCAUUAACGAGCUCUUGGCGAAUGGUAUCGAACCGUUCGUUACUCUGUAUCACUGGGACCACCCGCAAGUGUUUGAAAUGAUGGGUGGAUGGACAAACGAGAUGAUGGUGGACUGGAUGUCCGAUUACGCGAGGGUCGUUUUCAGAGAGCUCGGCCCCAAAGUUAAACAUUUUACAACUAUCAAUGAGCCCAGUGUUAUUUGCGAGGAAGCGUACGCGAGGGAUCGAAAGGCUCCUGGAAAGAACUUAGGCGAUCCCGGCAGAUACUUGUGCAUGCAUAAUAUGCUGAAGACGCACGCUAGGAUUUAUCAUAUCUACGAUACCGAAUUCCGGGAGCAGCAGAACGGCCAAAUUGGCUUACCCAUACCAUGUUUUGGCACGUUUCCCAAAAAUCCGAACGACACUGCGGCAGUGGACGCGGUGUUUCAGUUCGCCUGCGGAUGGACAGCCCAUCCGAUAUUUUCAGAGACCGGCGAUUAUCCGGAAAUUAUGAAAACUCAUAUCGCUGAGAACAGUAAGCUGAAUGGUUUCCCGAGAUCGCUUCUGCCAGAAUUCUCAUCGGAAUGGGUGCAGUAUAUUAAGGGUACCGCGGACUUUUUCGCGUUGAAUCACUAUACCUCAAGAAUCGUGGAGAUAGUUCCACGAGUGGAAGGGCAACCGUGGUAUGCUUACUCCGGCGUGAAAGAGAGCAUAGAUCCAUCAUGGCCAGAAAGCGCUUCGAAUUGGCUGAGAGUUGUGCCCGCUGGAUUCCGACAAAUUCUCAAAAAGAUCUCGACAGAAUACAAUAAUCCACCGAUCUUUAUUCUGGAGAACGGAUUUUCCGAUAAACAGUGUGUUCUUGAUAACUCAAGAAUAUCCUAUUUGCAUUCCUACAUGACAUCAAUGCUGUCUGCCAUUUAUGAAGAUGGAUGUAACAUGAAAGGAUACGCCGUUUGGAGCUUGUUAGAUAAUUUUGAAUGGCAGAGUGGUUACACAGAGAGUUUUGGGUUGGUAAGCGUCAAUUUCACGGAUCCUGAACGCACAAGAACUCCGAAAUGGUCGAUGCAUUGGUACAAGAAUCUCGUUCAAAGUCGGAAGCUUAAUUCUACUUUCGAUUUCCCAAAUGUGUUAAACGUUUCCUGAAUAACACGCGUGGACAAAAGUAAAUAUUAUGAGUAUUAUAUCGCACAGAAAAAUCACUGUGUACAUACUCCACUGUAUGCUAAAUGUAUUUUUAGGCUAAUUAUUUA